GACAUGCGCGAUAGAGCCUAUGAUGGCAGUAUGGCGUGUGUGUGAAGGUGAACGUUAGCUUUAGCGUCAAUAUAAUUAAUUUACCCACAGUUGUAAUUUAAUUCGGGCUAAAUACGUUUGACGAGCGGUUUUUACAGUGUGUAACUAAUUCCCCACUGACUGCAGACUCAGUCAUGGCCGGUCUGUCCAGCUAUGCCGUGCGCAUGGCCAGACUGAGCGCUCGGAUCUUCGGGGAUGUUGUGCGUCCAACAGACUCCAAAUCUAUGAAGGUGGUCCAGCUGUUCCAGGAGCCUCCCAUGGCCAAGAGAAAGGAGGUGUAUGACUGGUACCCACAGCACAAGAUUUACUAUGCCAUGACCCAAAAGCUCAGAUUCAUGGGACUUUUCAGGGAUGAGCAUGAAGACUUCAAAGACGAAAUGCGUCGCAUGAGGAAACUAAGAGGAAAAGGAAAACCAAAGAAAGGAGAGGGGAAGAGAGCGGGAAAGAAGAAAUGAGCUGUAACAUUUCUGCUACUUCACCUUUUCACAGGACUUAUGUUUUUUUCUUUUCCUGGAGACAGACAGUGGUGGACUGUGUACAUUAUUGUGGGGGAGGGCCACGAAUCCUGAAACAAUCCCAUGGGUCUAGCCACAACUGUCCAGUGCUUUGAAGCUUCACUAUGUUGGCAUGAAUAAUACCCUAGGUCAGCAUUACACACAUGCAACAUUCUCAUCUAUGUCUGUUGUACUCAAUGGAAUUCCAUUUGUUUAAUGUUGAAUGUGUCUGAUUUAAGUUGCAGGGGGUGAACCAGUAUGGAGAAAGAAAUAGCCAAUCAAAUGCUAUUGGAUACUAGAAAAACAAGCUAAUCACUAUGAUCAUCUGAGUACACAUACAACAUUUACAGGCCUGUGGUCAUGUCUUUUCAACAUUCAUGGAUUUAUAGCAAAUUUGGGUCUAUGGCAGCUGUACUACACCUCAUGUCAACUUUGGAGUUUUGAGCUUAAGUCAGCGGAAUGGCUGAAAAAUUAUGUAAAGAAACAGACAUCUUUCAUGUUUUCAAAAUAAAAUCAAUGUGAGGAAUGUGCUGUUCAAAAAUGCUACAAUAAAACCACAACACAGUACACAGAUGCUGAUACUGAGUUAUAUAUUUCAUAUGGGAUCACUGGUUCCAGUAAAUAUGUGGAUGUAUCUAAUGCUAGGCCAGAAACGUUAGCAUUUUCUUUUAGCUAUAAAAGGAUUGCUGGUGAGGCACUUUGGUACGAUGGAGUAUUAGGGCCACACUGAGGAAAAGAAAAUCUGAAAUUUUGAGAAUAAAGUCAUAAUUUUAUGAGAGAAAGUCAAAAUAUUACAAGAAUAAUGUAAUUUUACAAGAAAAAAAGUCAAUAUGAGAAUAAUGUGGUAAUUUUAGAUUUUGUGUUUUAGAGAGGAAAUAUCAGAAGCUUUAAAAUGAGGAACGUGGAGCAUCCUGUGAAGUUCUACUUUUGCAGAAGGAGAUCCUUCAUCUUUAGCUCAUCACCAUCACAUCAGCAUCAGCAUCAGGACAUUGAAAAGAUUGUGAAGAGUCUAUUCUAUUGUUGGACAAACAGCAGCUGCCAGAAGCAGCUCAGUCUACCACUGACACUGUCAUUUCACAUGUUUGAUUGGUUGUUUGUAAUCCUAAAAAUUAUGUUUUUUUUCUUUCAAAAUUUUACACUUUUAAUUCUAGUAAAAUUCCUACUUUAUUAUCGUAA